AUGAGCCGGAAACCCAAAGCCCCGCCCGCCGCCGUGGAGGAGACGGAGGAGACGCGGGUGAAGAAGUUUGGACGAUUUCUCUACGAGUCCUUCGACCAAACCUUCCGUCCGUCCGUCUUUGACCUGCAGCUGCGAUACUACGGCGACUACCUUCACCACUUUGGCUUCUCCAUAGAGGCCGAGACGAAGGGGCGGGGGUUGCCGUGCUUCUCCGGCCCAAAAAGUUCGCCUAGUCGUAGUGGUGGGGCGCCGCUGGUUACCGAGGGCGUUGCGCACGGCGAUGACGUCGUUGCGGACGCCGGGUGGGGCAUUUCUGAGGAGGAGCGGAAGGAGGCCGACGCUCAGGCGCGCGCAGUGGGCCCGCUGGAUGCGGCAGCAAAACCGGAGGAGGUGACGGCGAAGGUGGUGGAGCCGUUCCAGCGGGUGACCUGGCGACAGUCCGUUACGCAGUGCGCGAUGAAAAAGGCGCGGGCGUUGUACUGUUGGUUGUGUGAGAACAUCACUGUGGAGGUUCACUUUCCUGCCGCCGUGGCCGAGGAGGAGGCUGCUGCUGCUGCUGCUGCCGCCGCCGCCGCCGCCGCAACAAAGAAAGAUGGGCGAAAGAGCAACGCAUCGUCGCGUGGCGUGAAGCGGAAGACAGCGGCGGAUGCAAAGCCCACAACGCCCCCUGUGGAGGUUGUCGACCCGCUUUUGACGGCCAUGCGGGAGCGCACCGCCGACCCGCUUGUCUUGGCACGCCUGUAUCAAAGGUGCCUGCACUAUGCCAAGGUGGAGAGUAAGGUUGUUGAGGGCCACCUGCGAGGACGUGCGCCGGAGGAGGCCAUUGAGUGGGCGUGGAAUAUUGUCUCUAUCCCGCAGGAGGAGGACAACGUGAAGCGGUACCUAGUGGACGUUGCUCUCUCGUCCUACACUGGUCCACUACGUCGCGUUGCACGGGGCAAGGACGUUGUGGAAGAGGUGGAUGCAGUGAAGGAGCCUGCCCCAAAAGAGGCGCCGCCUGCUAAAUCCAAGCGCCCUGCUUCGCUCGCAAGCGAGAAGCCGGCACGAGGCCCACUGGAUGCCCCAGUUUUGGCGUCGUCUCGCUCGAUGAAAAAGUGUAUAGAAAGUUUCUACUUUAACACGCAUCCGCAACAAUUUUGCGCCACACACUUUCCCAAGGUGAGUUUAGAUACGUUGCUUCUGACGCCUCCACGGCAGGUUGUCUGGGAGGGCGCCCCGUGCCUGACGCACACCUUCUUUCGUUUUCCACUGGCCUUGAGCUCGCACCGGCGUCGGUGCCUCUUCACGGUGCGCUCCACGCCAUUCUAUGUGAGUCUCGUGAACGAGAAGCCGGAGCGAGCGGAGCUUGCCUGCUUCAUCUACAAGGGCACACUCGAGGCGUUGCCCGAGGACCUUGGCACGGCAACGCCACUGGGGCCUCAGUGGGUGUGGCAUCAACGCGAGGAGAUGACCAGCUGUGAGACCUUCACACUCAUGGUGCCUGAGGCUGGGUACUACAGCGUUGUGUUGGGGGCGAGGGACAUACGCCAGGACCCGUUUACGUCCGUCAUCUCUGAGGAGCCCUUUCUGCCUGUUGUGGCGUAUCAAGUGUUGGUGACGUUUGUGCCGCACCAGGUGCCGCAACUUCCCCGCCAGUACUUUACCCCGUCCGUGUGCAAACUCCUCGCACCGUUAACGCACCAGGUGCCGGAGGGCGUCACGCGCUUCGUCGUGAUGCCGUCGUGUGCGAAUGUGGCCGGUGUCGCGGUGGUGUCAAAGCAGUCAAGCGAAGGAACGAGAGGACUUCUGGCAUUCCUGGCCUUUUCCCCCAAACUUGUCGCGUACACUGGCGAGGUGACGCUGACCAGUGGCUGCGAGGUGGAGGUGUGGAUACUCUACGCCGCCCCGGACCACAACUACGUGAACUCGACGGAACUUCCCCGUGUGGAGCCGCGCUUCCGGCGCCGACGUUCCUCCCCUCCGCCGGAGGUUGACGUGAGUUGUAGUACGAUGCCGUUGACGUUGGCCACAGAGGCGAAGUCGACGUUUGUGCCGUUUGUGACGGACAUUGCGGUGAAGAAGUUUGGGGCGGCUGGCAAGGGCGUGUGCCACAUCCAGCCGCAGCCCACACUGGAGGAGGAGCAGCAGCCAACGCUGCGGCGCCUCAUUGGCGUGACGCCGGAAUUAUUUAAUGAGGCAACUGCCGCCAUGUCGAAGAAUUCAUGCUCCGUUGGAUCGUACUUUGAGAACAAGGUUUCAGUCGCUAGGAGAACGGCGGGAGAUGUAUGA